GCUCGAGGGCACGCAGCUUCAAUUGCAGGCUUUGCAGCUUCAAUUCACUGCGCACACAAGAUAUAGAGCUAUAUAUAGAGCUCUCGGCGCCAGCACAUCGAUCUCGGCACGUCGACAGUCGCCAUGUCGCCGUCGAGGAUCGCUUCUUGGCUUGUCCCGCUGAUCCUCGCUGUCCUCCUCGCGUGCACCGCCGCCAACGGUGACAACCACCACCUCUCCGUCAGUUACUACGACAAGACCUGCCCCAGAGCGCAGCACAUCGUGCAGGCCGUGAUGGCGUCCAGGGUCGCCGCCGACCAGGCGAUGGCCCCCGCCGUGCUCCGCCUCUUCUUCCACGACUGCUUCGUCAACGGAUGCGACGCCUCGGUCCUCCUGGACGACGCCGCUCCCUUCUUCGAGAGCGAGAAGCACGCCGAGCCCAACGACUCGCUCGGCGGCUUCGACGUGAUCGACGAGAUCAAGUCCCACCUCGAGCACUCCUGCCCGGCCACCGUCUCCUGCGCCGACAUCCUCGCCCUGGCCUCCCGGGACGCCGUCGCCCUGCUCGGCGGCCCGACGUGGAACGUGCAGCUCGGCCGCAAGGACUCGCGCGGCGCCAACAAGCAUGCCGCCGAGGAGGAGGACCUCCCCAGCCCGACCGCCAACCUCACCGAGCUCAUCGCCAAGUUCGCCGAGUUCGGCCUCGACGCGACGGACCUGGUCGCGCUCUCCGGCGCGCACACCGUCGGCUCGGCGCGGUGCCACCACUACAGGGAGCGCGUCUACGGAUACGACGGCCAGGGCGGCGCCGACAUCGACCCCUCGUUCGCGGAGCUGCGCCGGCAGACCUGCCAGGCCGGCGACGAUGCCAGGGCGCCGUUCGACGAGCAGACGCCGAUGAGGUUCGACAACGCCUACUACAAGGACCUGGUGGCGCGGCGCGGCCUCCUCACCUCCGACCAGGAGCUCUACGGCUGCGGUGGCCCGCUGGACCAUCUGGUGCAGAGGUACAGUGAGGACGGCGAGGCGUUUGCGAGGGACUUCGCCAAGGCGAUGGUGAAGAUGGGCAAAAUUCCAACGCCCCCAGGGAUGCCGGUGGAGGUGAGACUCACCUGCCGUAAAGUAAACUAUUGAUGAUAUAUAUGUGGAGGGAAAUGCGAUCGAAUGUAUUGGCUUCAACCUUAAUGCAUGUGUUAAGUCAGUAAAGAAAAGUUGUAGAAAAUCAAUUGUAAUAAAGUCAGUUGCUUUU